AUGCACUUCGAGUACAUCUGUGACUCUGUCACCCAUCAAUUGAUGAAGUUGAACUUCGAAUUGAACAGACCUGUCAUCUUUGGUGUCUUGACUUGUUUGACUGAUGAACAAGCUGAAGCUAGAGCCGGUUUAAUCGAAGGAAAAAUGCACAACCACGGUGAAGACUGGGGUGCGGCUGCUGUUGAAAUGUGUACCAAGUUUGACUAG